AUGUCUGCUCGUCAGCUCUCUCUCCGUCGCGGAAAGAAUGGACCCGUCCAAACGUUUUCUCGUGCCCGAGGAACCGAUGAAACUACUUCGGCUCUCCUCCGUCGUACCCUCCAGCCUGGCAUGAACAAUAACCAUCGCCAGCAGGUUCUUGGGGAUCCCAGCAAUGCCUCCCAGUUUGCUUGCAUCUGGAAUACCAAGGUUGGAAUCCUCACCCGUCCCGUGAUCAUCACCCUCGACAAUGGAGACCCCGCUGUUGUUGGAGAUUUUACCGACACCAUUGGUGAGCCCUUCGCUGUGACCCUCCCGGUUGAUGAGUUCUUUGGGUUUGUUACCACUCUUGUCCGGGCUGGUGAUGCCGCGCAUUUCCACUUGGGAGUGCACCCCACCUCCCCAGAUACUGUAGCCGGACCGCCGGUUGCUCCUCCUGGUGGAGGCCCUCCUCCUAGGCGCAACCGGCAGGACCCUCCAGUCCCUGUGGAAGCUACCCUUGGGCGCCUCAACUUCCCUGGCCUCCCUGACGAACCUGGCGAUGAUGACCUACCAAGGAUUGCAGCUCUGCCGUUGUUCCUCCCUCUUGAGCCUGGUUUCACGUUUGAACACCGCUCGGAUCUCCAGAACAACCAUUCUUACCGUGACACCUACCGCCUUUUUCAUGUCUGGAGGGAAGGAAUGCAGUACCUUCGCGCCAUGAACGGGUGGAUGUCCGUCACCACUGGUGGGACUUUGUUCCACCUCCCUGGUCUGG